AUGAAGACCGAAGCUCUCAUCGGCGCUGCCCUCUUGGCAGUGGCCUCCGAGGCCGUGCCCACGGUUGAUACCACCUACCCGUACACCGGGCCCGAAGUGCCGGUCGGCGAUUGGGUGGACCCCACCGUCAACGGCAAUGGCAAGGGAUUCCCGCGUCUCGUAGAAGCCCCGGCCGUCAAGCCAGCGACUGCCAAUCCCACGAAUAACGUGAACGUUAUUGCGCUGGCCUAUGUGCCCCAGGGCAUGAACAUCCACUACCAAACGCCGUUCGGCCUCGGUGUUGCGCCUUCGGUGAAAUGGGGCACGAGUGCCUCGGCUUUGACCAACACCGCAACCGGCGCCACUCACAGUUAUGACCGGACUCCGCCUUGUUCAAUGGUGGCUGCCGUUACCCAAUGCAGCCAGUUCUUCCACGAGGUCCAGCUCACCAACCUCAAGCCCGACACGACCUAUUACUACCAGAUUCCCGCCGCCAAUGGCACUACCCAGUCCGAAAUUCUUAGUUUUACCACGGCCCGCGCUGCUGGCGAUGCCAAGCCCUUCACGGUGGCCGUGCUGAACGACAUGGGCUACACCAACGCCCAGGGCACCUUCAAGCAGCUCAACCAGGCCGUCAACGAUGGCGCUGCCUUUGCCUGGCACGGCGGUGACAUCUCAUACGCAGACGAUUUCUACUCAGGGCUCCUGGCGUGCCAAGACGACUGGCCUGUCUGCUAUAACGGAACAUCUACCGAGGUCCCAACCGGCGACUAUCCGGAGGGAUACAACACGCCUCUUCCGGCCGGCGAGAAACCCAACCAAGGGAGCUGGAACGGCGGUGACAUUAGUGUAAUUUACGAGUCUAACUGGGACCUCUGGCAGCAGUGGAUCCAGAACAUGACCUCUAAGAUCCCUUACAUGGUGCUGCCCGGAAACCACGAGGCCGCCUGCGCCGAGUUCGACGGACCCGGCAACGUGCUGACGGCCUACUUGAAUGGUGACAAGGCCAACUCGACUGCUCCCAAGGCCGAGCUCACCUACUUCAGCUGCCCGCCUUCGCAGAGGAACUACACUGCCUACCAGCACCGGUUCCGGAUGCCUGGUCAGGAGACCGGCGGCGUGGGCAACAUGUGGUACUCGUUCGACUACGGCCUGGCCCACUUCGUUAGCAUGAACGGCGAGACCGACUACGCCAUGAGCCCCGAGUCUCCCUUCAUCAAGGACACCAAGGGCGUCGCCAAGGAGCCGCUGGCCAACCAGACCUAUAUCACCGACAGCGGGCCCUUCGGCAAGAUCGACAACAACGACUACAACAACACAAAGGCCUACCAGCAGUACCAGUGGCUCGCCAAGGACCUGGCGGCCGUCGACCGGACCAAGACGCCCUGGGUCUUCGUCAUGAGCCAUCGCCCGAUGUACAGCUCCGAGGUGUCGGCCUACCAGGCGCACAUCCGCGAGGCCUUCGAGGCCCUCCUGUUGCAGAACAACGUGGACGCGUACUUCUCGGGUCACAUCCACUGGUACGAGCGCAUGUGGCCGAUGGGCCGCAACGGCACCAUCGACAAGGGCUCCGUCGUCAACAACAAGACUUACACCACCAACCCGGGAGUCUCCAUGACGCACAUCGUCAACGGCAUGGCGGGCAACAUCGAGAGCCACAGCACCCUGGACCCCAAGAAGGGCGUGCUGCCCAUCACGGCCGUGCUGGACCAGACGCACUACGGCUUCAGCAAGCUGGUUGUCCACAACGCCUCGGUCGUCACCUGGCAGUUCGUCCUCGGCAACGGAUCCGGCAUCGGCGACGAGCUGACCCUGAUCAAGAAGGCCAACUCGAGCGGCAGUGGCUCCGGCUCGCCGACCACGAAGAACGGCGUUGCUGGCCAGCAGGCACCGCUGGCUUUUACCGUGGUUUCCGCGCUGCUCAUGGCGGCUUGGUAUCUGGUGUAG